CUAGUGCUGAUUGUAUCGAUACGACAGUUGUAGUCAGGUCGGCGAAAACGGAAUGCCCUAUUCCUACAGCUAUUUGAGUCGAUGGUUUUAGAACGUUUAUGCUGUGUUUUAUUAUUGAAGCCACAUGGGAAAAGCACAUAUAGGCUAGAAAACGUGCUUAAAUAAGUGUCCAAAAACGAACGAUAAUCCAUUUGAUUAUCCGUCUAUUUCAAUAAACGUAGACGUGUCGCUUACGUGGGUUGAACUUGUAUAUCUUAAUACUAGGCUACUAUUAUAAUAUAACAAUGAAAUCUCUGGACAACCGCGGCUUCAAUGGAAGGUCGAUUUCGUUUGCGACAACAUUUGAAACUCGGCUACUCGAUAAUUGCACAUGUAAUAUAAAAUAUUAAAAUUAAUUAGGGUAAUGUUCUCACAAAAUUAUGUUCUUUUUCGCUUUCAGUAAUGCCAAACUUGAGCAUUCACUCAAUGAUUCAGAGACGCUAUUUCCCCUCGAAAAUUACAGUGACUGUCAAAUGAUCUUCAUUCCGCGAGCGUGAGGAAAUAAAGCGCUGACACGGUGUCCUAGGGGGCGGGGGGCUUCAUUCCGUGUGAUCAGCAGCAGCACCACUCUGCUCGGGGAUCCGGGUUAUCUACUAGAGCAGGGCACACGGACAGCAGCCUCCGGCGUCCGAGUCCAGACAUUGGGAUCGGCCAGUGAAUGCAAAGAGGGGAAACCUUUACAUCUCUCCGCUUGUUUUCCAAGGAUCCUUGAGGUGGGGGGAAUUUGGACUCCCAGACAAUGGUGACAGACCUCUUUGUGAUAUGAAGCUGCCGUGAUUUUUUCACUGUUGUGGGGAGAAAGGGCUGCAAGGAAAAAGUGCACUUCGUUUUGAUAUGCGCGUUCAUGCAGGGACAGGUUUUUGUUUUUCGGUCGAAAGCAGUUGAGGCAAUGCCUGAUAAUUUUUUAAAACACUCAAAAGAUGACAGCAUUGUUUAUACAAAAGCUCCAUAGAUGACCCAAUAUUUGGGGGGUUUGGCGCAUUCUUUUGGAGCCACACUUGAAGAUUUUCACCUGUUAACGCUUCUAAUUUUAGGUUAACUCAGAAGACCAGUCACCUACAUGUAUAGAGUGGAGUAGAACUGCAAGUUUCGAACCUACGGUAUAAAGCAGCACCUGAUACCCCAAGAAAACAUGUGAGGAAGAUUUCCUUUUUUAAACUCUCGAAUGAAGAUAUAGCAUGGAAAGGGACGCCAGAAAGCGGAGGAUUGUUAUAUAAUUUUAGACUGGUGGGAGUUUUUAAAAGUUACAUCCAAAACGGCAUUCUCUUUCACAACUGUCUACUAGCAGAGGCAAAUUACUGAGACAACGCGUUCAUACGUUUUUUAUUUUUUAUUUUUUGUAAAUAAUAACAAUAAUAAUAUUAAAAAUAGUGAUAGUUUGCCACUUCUAAACGACCGUUUGUGUUUGGAUUAUUGCAAAUUGAAGACUUCAAAUUUCAUUCUGUUGAAGUUUUUGGUGAUACGGAAAGUAACAAGAAACUACAUUGGAGAGCAUUGCUCCGCGUUACUUUUCACUCUGUUGAAACUGUAUCAAUCACCACUGGAGGCUGCCGUUUCUGGAUCACGUGCCACCUUCACAGAUGCCUCAGAGCAGGGCUUCUACGAGACAACACCACCGCAGAUGCGAUCUGGUACCAUUCUAAUGUUUUUAAAGGGUGUUGAUGGAGAGGAUUUCGAAUGACAGCCGGGACAGUGGUCAUCACAGGUGGAAUUUUAGCUACAGUUAUCUUACUGUGCAUCAUCGCAGUACUGUGUUACUGUAGGCUGCAGUAUUAUUGCUGUAAGAAGGAGGAGUCGGAGUCGGAGGAGGAGGAGCCCGACUUCGCUGUGACUUCCCCCCUGCCGCCCGUGCACUCCAACCACAACAUCGUUGCAGCAGCGGCGGGAGUGUCAACCCCCAACGGCCCCAACCUCUUCACCCCGCCUCUGUCCCGAAAGCUGACGCGCUCGCACACCUUCUGCCCGUCGUGCACGCACUACGAGCUGCCCUUCUACCUGCAGCCCCCAGAGGGCCAGCGCAACGGCGGGGGGCGCAUCAGCUACCGCACCGUGCAGCAGCAGGACCUGGACGUGCCCAUGGACCUGCCCAGCUUCCCCAAGCUCAACCUCACCCGCUCCGUCACCAUGAAGGAGAUGUUCACGCGCAGCUGCAGCAUCAGCACUGAUGUGUAGCGCCCCCCAGUGGCAUGGAGGUCCGUACCACGCUGGACAUGCGCAUUACCAGCAGCCCCAGUGCUAACACUGACACACAUGUGCAUACCAACCAGCUUCUGGGGGAUUUUUACAGUCAUGGUUUGCCUGGUGAGUACAGAGACAGCUCACCUUGAGGGUGCGGCUUAACCACCCCAAAAUCUCUCCCGGGGGGUCAGGGUGAACAGCCAUGUCACAUCCGGGGCUUUCUGUGUAUUUUUUUCUGGAGAACAGGUCAGCCUUUGGCCUUUUCACUGGCAGCUGUUUGUUCUCCCAUUUUUGUCUUUGCUGCUAAAAGAGUCCCAAGGGAAUGGAAAAGACAAGAGAAAGCACAGGAGCCCCUUCAGCACAGUCCAGCCCAUUACCUGCAUCCAGGACACUGAGCCACUCCCAACACAUACCCUGCCAUACAUGUAAGAUAGCUCAUUAUUAAGUUUGAUUGUGAGAGCUGUACAAACCACAGACAAAAGUUCCUGUUUCAGAGCCAAAGUGUGUGUAAUUCUGUUGAUGUAACAUAUGCAUUAAGGGCUUAAUAGAGGUUGAUAAUAAAGCUCAUGGGGAAGAUGUAUAAUUAUGGGUAUGUCUGAGAAGAGAGCAGCAAUGACUCUUUGCUUGGAGAAACUGAUCGGCAACAAACAAUCCUCUUGUUUUUUUUUUAGUCUUGCACAUAAAGCAAGUACUAACUUGUUUUGAAUUGUCCUUUUUUGAGAUGAAGAGUGGAAAUGGAGCAUUGAAAAUGGGGGAGUGUAGAGAGGGGAGGGAUGUGGAUGAUUGUUACAUUUGGAUUAUGGGCCUGACAUAGUCCUGCCAAGCCUGGUAUAAAUCUCCUUUUGCCCAGUGAUGUCAUUGUCCUGCCAAGCUGCAGUAAUAUGAAUGGAACAGGUAUCACAAUUCCAGUAGGAUUUGAGGAUUUAUUGUAUAAUACAAAUGUGUCAAUUAGCCAAAUACAACAUCUGAAAGACAAGUAAAUUGUUGGCCAGGUAGGUAUUCACUGAUGCUCAAAUUUGCAUUGUUGAGAUGUAAAACUUAUUUCAGGUUUGCUGAUGGCUAUUGUGAAAAAUAUGAAGUCUUUUAAGAGUGUACUACUGUAGAUACAGAACAGAAAAAUUAAUACAGUCUUUUUACACUUUAUUAUGUUUUUUUUUUUUUUUUGAUUCACUGGACUUUGUUGUUUCAAAUUGUGCCCUCAGCAUCACUUGAGUGUUGUGUGAGAGCGGUGGACUAACCUAUAGUCCCUCAGUGCGUCAGCUUCCCUGGACAGGACUGGGAGCAUUUGCUCCAUACUCGCAUUGUUAUACUGGGAUCAUUUAUUCUGAACUCGGCUCACAGGACUGUGAGAUCACAGUGGCUGUUCUUCAGUGAGAUCCUUUGUUUUUUUAAGUUUAUUCAGUAAGGGGCUUGGGACUUGCAAUUGAUUGGUUCACUUGUAUGAAUUUCUUGAAAUGCCUAAUUUGGUUCCCUUUGCCAGUGGUUUCUCAGCAAUAUUGUCUACUAGUUUAAAAGCUUUUCUGAAAUGUUUUAUUUCAAUAUCAUUAAAGUACUUUCAAGGUUUUUAAUAUUUCCCACUAUCAGAUGGAAAUCAUAGAUCAUCUCAUUUACUAAUUUACUUUUUUCCUGCUGCACAAUGUUGCCUAACAGUUGCCAUGUGAAGUUUUUCAGAGGGAUAUAUCAAAGGGAGUCUAAGAAAUGUAAGAUCCAUUCCUCACCCUAUCCAUUUCCCUCUUUUAUGCCUUUCUGUUCUCUGCGCUUCUCUCUUGGCCGCAUUUGAAUACAUCUGUGGAAUCAUAAAUUCAACUGGAUCAAAAAUGACUGCAGGGCUUCUGGGAAUCUGAGUGAAGGUCUAUUGAAGCUGUCUGAGUGGUGCCCUAACUGACCACACACUCACACACGCACACACACACACGCACGCAAAAACACGUACACACACACACACAUGCGCGCACACACACACACACACACUCACACACACACACCUGCUCUUGGACACACAGCACUGUUGCUUAGGAAAGUUCUGCUUGUGACUUUAAAAUGACCUUUGUCUGGACUUUUUAAAUGUGUCUCCCCAGACCAGAUGAUUAUCAGACUAUUGCAGAUGGAUUUUCAUGUCAGCAAAGAAAGUGUAUAAGAGACAUUAAUAUUGUUCUUAUCCAUAUUAUUAAAGAAAAGAGGUAUUAUCAUCGUUAUUAUUAUGAUUAUUAUUAUGAAGACAGUUGAUAUAUUGUUUGACGUUCUCUGACGUUCUUCUUGCUGGAUGUUGCUUUAUUGCAGUAUUUGUGUUUUCAGAACAUUUGUGCUCAGAUUUGAAAAGCUUUCUGUUUUCUGGUUUCCAUGAUAUCAAAUAAUGCAGACAUGUUACUGACGUGGUUUAAAAUGUAAGACUAAUUAACACAAUAUUGAUAAUAAAAUACAGUGAAAGUCUUUAGUGAA